AUAUUCAAUAGCGCUAUCGAGUGAUCGAUCGUUCGAACGCGGGUCGCCAAGCGCGAUUGUUAGAACGCAGCAAGUAUUUGAGAGCCGUCGGGUCGGUAUCGCGGUAAACGACGACAUUAGGUUUGGAGACGUUGGUAGGAGUAGACGUGAGAGUGGAUUUAACAUGGCUUUAAAGUUGCGGCCGGUGCUUGACCACCGAAUGCCGACGUUGGCGACCAAAGCAGCGUUCAUGAUGCCCGUGGGGGACGUGUCAGCUCAACAGAAGAAGAGGAACGCGCUGCACCAACUCGAAACCUGUCCACCCAGGUGUCUUAAAGAGGUUCGGCAACUCCUCACAAUGGAGAUCAAACACAUCCACAGAUGCCUGUCCAGAUUAGAGAGGUCAUACUAUGGCGGGAGACGGACAGUCCACCAGGAGGUUGAGAAGAUUAUAUAUCCCAUCAAGACAGUCAUGAAAUCUGCCCUCAUCUUCGAGUGCAAUUCCUCCUCCAACGUGGAAGAUGUCAAACGUCAGUCCAGUGUUCCCGAGUUCAAGGGCACGGCUGAAAACGUCCAGCUCUUCCGGGACGUGUACGCCAAGGUGAAGAGUUAUCUUCCCGACAAGAUCAGCGAGGUGACCAACUCGUGCCAUAAGCUGUCUGAGUUGCUAAGUAAGUACUGUGUGACCUUUUAUGAGCCUAACUCCGAGAAAGAUGGAUACCUGGAAACUGCAGCUCACUAUCAGGAACAGAUUGAAUCCUGGACUUCAAACAUUGAAUCAAGUUUGACAAGCGCCAAAGAGGUUUUCAGACGGUUCAAAGGGAGAGGGGUCACAACCUCCCAUCUCACUCCACCCGUGGCAAAUUUCGUUGCUAAGCAUAAUCUCCAUAAAGUCCUUUUCCUUGUUAUCUUCGCAGAUGCCUGUACGAACAUAAGAAACGCUUUGAGUCUGAUGACAUCAUGGUUGAAAACUGAUGAAACCUAUUCGGGGUUUCUCAAAAUUGACUUAAUUGAUUUAGAGACUGUAAAGGAAGAAAAGAUCAAAGCUUUGAGGGAUUCAAGGUCCAAGUAUCAUUCACUCACCUUCAAACUCAGCCAGUCAGAACUGGAAUAUUCAAAAGCGGAAACGGAAGUGGUGAACCUGCGCGAGCGGAGAGACAACUUGUUCCGAGAAGAGGAGCAUCUUGAGAAGCAAGUCAAUGACACCGAGCUGGAGAUUGAGUUUAAGCAGUACCGGAGGGAAAGUUUUAAGAUUGUGUUAGAUGACAGUCACCCCGAGGUGUCGGCGGAGACCUAUGAGGCCCUGACAGAGGACCUGAAGAACCUGAAAGAGAGACUGCCAGGGCUACAACGACAACUGGCUACUGUCAGGUACAAGUUGACAUGGGUGGAGGAGAAAACCCACCAACAGGAGAAGAUAGGAGAAGAGAUACAGCUGGUGCAGAAGGAGCUCCUGCAGGCGGGGGAAGAGAGGGGAAGAAAGGAGAAGGAGUACCUGGAGGUGGAGAAGAGUCUGAAGCUGGCAAGGCGGAUCCUGCUGUGUAAGACGAGCAAUGACGCCGUGGAGAAGAUCUACUACAGUAUUCCCGUACACGCCAGGAACAGCCGGCCCGUUGGGGUCCCAGCCAAGGCAGCCACACCUCUCGACAAAGCCUGCAAGGUGAUUUCAAGGACAAUAGAGCGAGACUGGGUACACGUCUACAGGAAUUUACCCUUCUUUCCCAAACGCGGCGCGGAGACAAUAGAGCGCGACAUCGGCGAACUGAGCACGACAGGUGCAAGAGGUACUCUGAUUGUUGUCGCCCGGCGAGCGCUGGACCGAUGGCGGCGUUAUCACACACGGGCCAUGGUGGACGACCUCAAGAUGGCGUUGAGGAAGGUCAGGAGGUUAGAUGUCGUCAAGGCGAUCGAGGUCGAACUGAAUCCGCCUGUGAAGGAAGAGGAGGAGGAUGACAUGGAUGAAAAGGUGCCCCCUGUUCCUCCGGAACUGUUGCCGUUCUAUGAACUUGGGGAGCGGUAUGAUCAACUCAGGGCUAUGAACCGGAUGUGAGGAGAUAGACCUGUUGCCAUUCUAUGAACUUGGCAGAGGUAUGACCAACUCAGGACUAUGGACAUGUUGUAAACAGAUGGAAAGGUUAUAUAGUGGAGUGAGCGAGGAAAUGAAUUUCGUUGGUGCGUUAAGUAUUAUUCCAAUAACAUCCCGACAUGUUUGUUUGUGAUUUAAGGCCAAACUCAGCAAAAGUCCAUCUAUAUGACGGUGGUCUGUAAAUAAUCGAAUCUGGACAAGACAAUCCAGUGAUUAACAUCAUGAGCACCGAUCCACGCAAUGGGGAUACGAUGACAUGCAUCAACCAAGUCAGCGAGCCUGACCAUCCUCUAACAUGCGUCUGUACUACUGAAAAGAAGUAAAAGAACACCCGAUUAUUUCAUAUCACCAUAGUCAAUCAGUCAUGUCAUGUAAUGCUAUAGUAAAAGGAAAUAAUCGGUUGUUCUCAAAAUUCUUUUGAGUAGUAUUUUUUACCCUCAAAUGUCCAGUUUCUUCUUGGUUGUCUCCUCCAUGGAGUUCCCAUAUCCCCAUUGUCCACAGUUCCAUGCCAUUCAUGCAACGCAGUGGAAUUCCAUGUUGGUACAAGUUCUGAGUUACAAAGGGGGAAUAUAUAAAUACGGUAUUUCCUAGCUCUCACGCGAUACUUGGUCUAUAUCUUCACACACAGAGGUGUAUUGUGUGGCGACAGCGAGUGAUAAGCGAGAGAACAAGGAUCUAGCCACAACAAAUACAACAUCGGAUAUAAUAUCAAAGAUAUCAAAGAUUCCUUCUGAGGCAUAUUUACCAACUUAUUAAAAGAAAUGGUUCUUGUUCAGAUAUACUUUCCUGACUAUUUUAGUCGGCCAAGUCGGCGAGCCUGACCACCAGAUCCCAUUAAUCGCCCCUUACGACACGCAUAGUCACCUAUUCUAAGCCGGAUCUUCACGGGUGAAAUGUUCACGUACCAUCAAGGGCUGUGCUGCUUAGAAAUAGAUCAGUUGGUUCGUUUAUGGGUGAGUGACUCCAUGAGCAGAAUGCGGCUUCUCUCAUUGUCCCCAUGUGAAAAUCGAACCUGAAUUUUCGGCGGGAUAAGCAAACAAUUAAAUCACUUCGCUACCGAUUCUGUAGAAUCCUGCCCAGGUGAUAAGCAAACAACAAAUCACUUGGCUACCGAUGCUGUAGAAUCCUGCCUAUGUGAGUGCAUAUUGAUAUUUUAAAUGAGAAUAUGUGAAGAACCGGGUUCAGUAACCCAUUUUUACCGUAAAAGAACUAACAGAUCGGGUGGUCUGGCGCGCUGACUUGGUUGAAGCAUGUCAUCGAACCCCAUUUGCGUAGAUCGAGGAUCAUGACAUUAGUCUCUGGGGUGUCUGGUACAGACUGUGUCAUAUAACUGUAAUAUUGCUGGGUGUGACGUUAAACAACAAACAAACGAAUCAAACCAAUCUAAGGUUGUUUCUUGAAGGAGGUUGUCAAUCGGAUUAAAUAACGAUCAAAUUGACUCUAGGUUGCUUUGUGCUGACAGCCCCAGGUCAGUGACUUGAAGUAUCGCGGUAAGUUGAAUAAGAAGUUUUGACCUUAGUGAAUAUGCAAAAUGCCAUGCAAAGGUCGUUAUAGCAGAAUUCACAGUUGUUGUUGUUGACAAAGGCGAUCACAAAACAUAGUCGAGAUCAUCCUCGAAUAUCGAGUAUUUAUAUCUCCAUUCUAUUACCGUAUUCGACGUAAUAAGCGCCCCGCUCUAUUAAGCGCCCACGGCGAUAUUUGCUAAUAUAUUGGCUUGUGAACAACCCCAAUUAGCAUCCUUUCCGAUUGAUCAAUGGACAAAUGACUUACUUAUUCGCAUACAAUACGCACUCGUGUGUUAUAUGCACCUAUAAUUAUGGGCAAUUAAAUUCUGGAAUAAUAUAUGUCUAUAUAAACAUUUCAGGCUGUCAGCAUAAACCACGGAAUUUACCUUUCAACUCUGUAUUUUUUCACUAAAAUACUCUCCUAAUAAGAGCCCCCUAUUUCUAAUUUUGAGGGCGCCCUGGGCGCUUAUUACGUCGAAUACGGUAACAUAAAUUCGCGAACCGAUUCGCAAGCCCAGCUUCGUGCGAAUGACACGACGUUAGAUAUAAUUAUCACGUGCAGUAAUACAAACGACAUUUCGAUUGCUUCGGAACGAAAAUAUAUUUUGUACCAAUUUUUAUCGAAAGUUAGCAUGCAUUUUCUUGGCAUUCACAGUGAGCUUUUUUACGGUUGGUCUGCUUUUCGAGACUGUCCGUAAUAACGAGGUGACACUUCACCGAAGACGUUGCCAGUGAUGUUGUUUACCUGUACCGGACGAAGCAUCCAGCUGACUUUCUGCCCUUUCGUGUCUAAGCUGGUAGUACAAGGCGAUCCCCAUGGUUAUGCACAGUGGUAGACUCUGCUGGAGACUUUUGUCUUAGCCUUAUUGACAUCGAUAUUAAUAAUUGCAGUGUUUCGGGAUAAUUUAGCAUUGGUACCUUUUGGUUUAGAUCGCCAUAUUUUGGACUUCGAUAUUCCCUUUUUUUGUAUUUUGUACUUGCCGAGCUUUGUCACAAACUCUGCGUUACAAUCAUCAUAAGUACCUAUCCAUGUUCCGUGUAGAUUUUUACAUUGUCUUUUGUAAUACCAUAAAAAAUUGAUCGAUUUUAGAUCAUGAUUGUUUCAAGUGUGUUUUCGGGAGGCAAUGUAUGAGCGGGUGAGAUGUGUUUUAUGCCGCUUUAACAAUAUUCCCGUUAUAACACGGUGUGAUAGCUUAAAGGGGAAAUCCCGAAAUUAUACAGAUCUAAGACACAUCUUAAAGUUUCUUAAUGUGGUUCUUAUUACGCUCGUCAUCGAAUCCAAAUUGUGUAGAUGGAUGCUCUUGAUGUUAAUCACUGGAUUGUCUGGUCCAGACUCCAUCGUUUACAGACCGCCGUCAUAUAGCUGGAAUAUUGCUGAGUGCGGCGUUAAAAACAAACAAACAAACAAAACGUGUAGGCAUCAAUGGAAUACUGUAAGGGAUUUUGCAUUAAACAGCUACAAAAUACACUUUUUUUUGUCAGUUGACGUGUCUCUUUCAGAAGUCAAUACAUAUUAGCAGUUGUCUCUCUUUGGUGAUUAGUAGACGCAACGGUAGAUCUCCAGUAUUGCUUGUUUACCUUGAAAAUCAGUCUCCAGCGUGUAGCUUGUAGGCAUUGUGAUGAAUGUUAAAGUGUGUACAUAAGAUAUUUAUUUAUUGAUAUGUAUAAAAGUACUCUAACGCAGAAGGUAUACUCUGCUUAUAUAUAUUGUUAACAUCAUGUAAUAUUGUUGCAUGAAUAAAUUGAACUGCUGAGAUAUU